GUUUCAGUCAACUACAGAUGCUAGCACAGUAAACAAGCUUACGGGUAACAAACAAGAAACAUCAUUCUCUCUUUUUAUUCCGCUGUUGAUUUCGUUACUUUUUUUCUCGACAAUCCAUUCAAUGGAUGUUGAACUGUUCGCAACGUCAAUUUAAAUCGAACACUCUUCUACUCGGUAAAAUCGUCGUUAUUUCGGUUGCAAGCAAAUCCUUUUACUCAUCGCACUCAUUUUAUCGCGAUUUUCAACCAGUUUAAUUGUUUUGGUGUGUGUUUUGUGUGUUUGUUUUAAGUUACGUGAUUAACAACACUUUGGCAGCUUUAUUUUUCCGUCGUUAAGUGCGGUUACCUUUUCAACACUUCGUUAUUUCAAAUCACAUACAACUAAAAAAAUCAACGGCUGUUCAUUUUGAACCACAUUUUGACUGUUGCAUACACGAACUUUCGAAUCUAAAACACCAGUUUGUGAUCGAACAACAACAAACGUAACGGUAAUUUCAACACUUUCACAACGAAAAGUUAGGAAAAUUGAAUUAACAUUUGGUGGUGAUACGGUGAACUACAGAAAACCAAUUAAAUUUACCCAAAAUUGUGGUGGCCAUUUCGAACACAUUGAAGCAAACCCCAUUGAACAUGAUGAAGUCAUUAAAUGCACGAAUCUUCUGGUGUUGGUCACUUUAUUGCAUCGUAGGCUGUGGUUUAUUACCAGACAUGGUACUCGGUGCCAGAUACUUACCCACACGACGCUCCAUACCGACACAACUGGAACGAAACGAACGGCUGAGGGAACUAUUUCAACACAUACUUGAAUCGGAGCGUGAUGCCCAUUUGUCGGCGGCAAAUCAAUUUGCCGAUCAAUUGAAGUUGAUACAGAAGAAGAGUACUAAUGAUUUUGGCAUGUUGCCCGAACCGAUUAAGGAUUACAACGAUGAAUUUGGAGAAGAAUACGAUUAUCAGCAGCAGCAACAGCAACAGCAACGUCAAAAGCAACCAUGGAGGUUUAUAUUGUUAAACUAUGCUCACGGAGCGCAUCGAAACCAUAAACUUGACCAAAGCAACUCGAAUGCAAAUCCAAAAGCUUUGCAUAAUGAUGAUAUGGUUUCGUCUCGAUCGCAGCAAUUAAUGCAAAAAUUGUAUCGUGGCAAGCAGCAAAAAUCGAGCGCCACAAAUGCGAAUGCCGAUGCAAGCGAUUCCAGCGCUAACAGCAGCAGCAACAACAACAACAACAACGACUUGGAUUGGAUAACAUCAAAUUCGGAACUGAACAGCGCCACCGACUAUGACGCACUAUACGAUGACGUCAAUGAAAAAAGAUCAUCGCAAUCGUCGUCAUCAAGUAUGAAAUUCGAUCGCUAUCGACGGAACGGCCCAAUGGUACCGCGAAAAGAGCAUCUCAAUUAAAAUUGAGCGAAAUCCACAAGAGAAAUUAAAAAAUAAAACCAAAAAACCAACAACACAAUUAUACACACAAUCAAUACAUACAAAGAAAAAAACCAACAACAUACCAAAUACACAUCCCUUCGUACAUAUUCAAAAUGAAAUUGCUGUUCCUUUUGCCGCCGAAGAAGAAAGCUCUAGAAAAUGCAACCAUUUGACAUAAAAACAUAUAUGAAGAAAAUUCUUUGAAAACAAAAACAGAAAAAUCAAUGUAUCAAAAACCCAAGUGAUUUCGGUGUCGUUUAAAAUUAUCGUAUUUAUUACCUUUUAUUCUCUCUAUCUCACUUCUACUACCCAUUUAAAAUGGCUUGAUCGUUUUCCCGCAAAUCGAAUGCACUUCUGACAAUUAAAAAUUUAUUUUCCAAAUCAGUUCAGUGUUCAGAGCCAAGCAUUUUGUCCUUCCCGAAUUAAUUUAUCGAAAUGAAAUUGCUGAAUGCGAAACUAAAACUACACGAACCCAAUUUAAUUUGAAAGCAUCAUUUUAUGAUUCGAUAUUCAAACUGUAACGACCGAAAUGACUCGCAAUUGAUUCACACACGGUGAUAACAAACAACUAAUUUUCAAUUGGUUUCGAAAUCGCUUUAUCACAUUUAUUCGCUUCGAGCCAUUUCAUUCGACAUUUUAUCCACUUUUUGGCUUUUAAUUGCUUUUCCAUCCAGAGGAGAAAAAAUAAAACCUAUUUCGUUAUGCAAGAAGUAGACAAGAGCGCCAAUUCCAUUUUGAAUGACUUGAACCAACGGAACUCAGUGACAAUAAUUUUUUUUAUUCAUAUGACUUUAAAUAAUUUAGACUCGAAUUAUUAUGUAUAUGAGAAACUGUGUGUGACUUCCGAACAUAUGUGUGCUAUAUUGUGCCGGCAAAUGGAGACGAGCGAAAGAAAUAACGAACGUAGAAGAAAACGACAUUUUUUAGAGCACAUACUCAUUCGAUGGGAUCAGUUGGAAAUCCCUUGAAACUUUUCCCAUUCAAACAAAUUGGACGAGAAUGUGCUUCGAGUGCAACGAGUCGACAUAUUCAAUUUAACUGCCGAAGAUGGGGGAAAAUACUCGAGAAUCACAUAUUUUUGGAAAUAUUUAAUGAAAUGAAAGGGAUAUUUUUGGUAGCGUCAGAUAGUUCGCGUCAAACGUUGCCACAAUGAUUUUCGAUACAAUUUUCUUCCCUGAUUUUAAAGGAGAAGAAGAAGAAGAUGAAGCAGGAGAAGAGAGACGAAGAAGAAAGUGAAGAGAGACGAUGUGUUAGGAGGAGAUUGAAGUGGAAAGAAGGGGAAAAGGAGAUAAAUUCAUUAAAAAUAGAAAAACCUAGAAAAGCUUAUGGUUCACUUCUUCUAAAAAGCGUAAGAAAUGACAUUGAAUCGCGGUAAUUUUUUUCCGGAAAUUCACUUCAAUAAAUGUUGUAACAAAAAAUGCUUAGAGUCAAUUGCUGUACAAGUUCAUAACAUUCGAAAGUGAAAUCUGAAGCGAUGCUUCUGUUCCAUUCAUUUCGAGCCGAAAAAUAGAAGAAGAAAAGUGAGCGAGAAUCAUUUGGAAAAGUUUGAAACGAAUAUGUUUCCCCUUCCCUUGAAAAUCAGUUAAACUGAAUAUGUGUUUGAUCUCGUAAAUGCCAUGUAAGAUUAAGAUAUGUAAGAGUAGCAGAAAUUGUGUGAAAUUUAAGCAAGUCAAGUGGGAGCAAGCCCCAAAACAAGUCUUUUUUUUUUUGGUCGACACGAACAAAUGUUGUGUCAAAUCGUAUGGAAUUUAAGUGUUCAGAAUUGUCAUGUUUUAUAGGUCGUACAGAGCGUAGAGAUCAGGAGACGAGGUGUCAUUUUCCAAUGAGGAUUUUCAUGUCAGAAAAUUUUCAACCAAAAAGAAUAAAAAAUUAACACUGGAAGAUAGCACACACACACAAAAUAUAUAUAUAGCAAAUAUUUACAUUUAACUGUGUAUCUCCUUCAUAUAUAAAAUAUAUUUAAAGAAAAUACAAAAACCAACUAAUUCAAACAAAAAAAAACCAAGUUGUAAAAAAUGUGCAAAAAAUGAUGGAUUAAUAAAAUGCAGACAAUAACAA